UGUAAUUGUUGGAUUAUUUAUUUAUGCACACAAAUCAGGGAGAGCAUGGCCGAUUUGAUAGAAUUCUACAUUAAUUGUAUAGCUUUCAUUCUGACACAACUUUUGUUUUAAACACAGAGAAUCAUUUUUUUCCGAAACAUUUAUCAAAUCACUUUUUAAGGUGGAGAGCAAUAUAACACUAAGACGCUGCACUCGCCCCUGCUUGACCAUGCUCUCCCCGAUUGAGAGUUGUGUGCAUAGAGAGACAGUUAAACAAUAAAUGUAAGUGAUUCAUGAACUUAAAUAGAUCUUAGAUAUUAAUUUGCUAAUCCCCUUUAACACAGCUGUGAUCGUGAUAAGAAACUGCCAAAGUUGAUUACGUCUUAAUUUUCACAGUGCACACUUUAUUUCAACUGUGCAGGGUUGCAUGUUAUGUUUUGACAUGAUUUUACCUGGGUCAUCAGGAAAUGAAGCUGAAAGUCCAACCCAGCUAACCUAGGGCAGGUUUGGGUCAAUAUAAAUCCCACCCCGUGCACUACAUGAAAUUGAUUGAUGCCUUCAAUGGCGUUGUCCAUGCCAAACAGUAUUUUGACCACUUGAGUCCUCUAACCCUCUCUAUGUUUUUUGUAGAAACAGCAGAAGGGGUGGGGAGACAUUCGAGUCUUUCCGUAAUCUCGUCCGGCAGGAAUUUUAAAUCCAUCCCUGAGCUCGGCCAUUGGUAACCGGGUCAUUGGAGGCGGGGGCAAGCGUGCUGAAUGAAGAUUACGGGAUUUGGACCACGACUGGACGGCUGCGACUCAGCGCGAGGACGAGAUUGAGGUUGGCGAAUAGCAGACGUUUUGACAGGUUGAUUCACAUUUGCACCGAGCAGGAAAGCGAACGUGACAAUUUUACAUGCUGUAGUAAUAAACCAUGAAAUACUUGCCAAUCGCGUCACUUCUGAAGUUGAUUCAGUGAUUUAACUUUGACUAGAAUUCUUGGAAGAACAGAGGAGCGAGAAACCCAUUCUGUCUACUUAUUUUGUAAAAUAACAUCUCAUCAUUCAAUCCGCUACUCUCGCUGUCUGCCGGGGUCUGAUGCCUGAGCGAUGCACGUGCACCCAGAACACAACUGUAUCCCCUCUACUGUACAGGAGACGGUGGGGAUCAACGGGAUAGGAGAGAGUCAGACCAAUGAGCAACCAUCUAGCGGCAAGCUGCCGGCCGAACAUUGUGAUGCUACAGAAGAUUCUGAAAUGGAGCAGAAAGGUGGUUCUCCACAAGACCAGGAGAAACAGCCAGAACCGAAGGACCAAGGAUUGGACCAGAGAGAUGUCGAAUAUAAUAUCACACACGACGACAGUACUCUCCAGCUUAUCGAGGCUCAACGCCUCGAUAGUAAACCAGAUGUGUCCCCGGAUUCUGAUUCUCAGUCCCCGGUACCGUUAUCAGGCCAGAACCCAGGGUUCGUCCCGCCAGAAGGCGGGUUUGGAUGGUUAGUUGUUUUCGCUGCUACUUGGUGUAAUGGAUCCAUCUUCGGGAUACAGAACUCAUUCGGUAUACUCCACAUGAUGCUCGCGAAAGACCACUCAUCGCAGUUCAAAACAGCUUGGGUGGGAGCCCUGGCAAUGGGCAUGAUCUUCUUCUGCUCCCCGGUGGUCUCCAUGUUCACCGAUCACUUCGGCUGCAGGAAGACAGCAGUGGGUGGAGCUACCGUGGCCUUUAUCGGACUCCUCAGCACCGCCUUUGCAACGUCUCUCAGCCUGCGGUAUUUCACCUAUGGGAUCCUGUUUGGUUGUGGCUCCUCCUUUGCCUUCCAGCCCUCCCUUGUGAUCCUGGGACACUACUUUCGCCGGCGUCUGGGGCUGGCCAACGGAGUGGUGACAGCCGGCAGCAGCCUGUUCUCAAUGGGCCUUCCUGUGCUGCUCACUAAGGUGGCAGAGCCGCUGGGCCUUAGCAAAACCUUCCAGAUACUCAGCCUCUUCAUGCUGGUCCAGGCCCUGCUGGCCCUGACCUUCAGACCCCUGCUGCCCCUUGGAGCUCCAAUGGGACCACCAGGACCUGGAGAGCCUGAUGGGUCCACAACCCAGCCUGGGGCCACUCCCCGGGGAGGCCGCUGGAACAGGGGCCUGGCUCAGGUUCGGAAGGCCUUCAACCUGCAGGUGUUUCAUAUUGUCACCUACCGGGUGUGGGCGUUUGGGGUGGCUACAGCUGUGCUGGGAUACUUCGUGCCCUAUAUCCACUUGAUAAACUUUGUGAAAGAGCAGUUCAAGGAGACUCAGAAGGAGUGGAUCUUGUUGGUGUGCAUAGGAGCCUCAUCUGGUGUGGGACGCCUGCUCUUCGGGAAAGUAGGUGACCUCAUUGCUGGAGCCAAGAAGAUCUGGAUGCAGACGGUGUCAUUCAUGGUGCUCGGUCUGAUGUCCAUUUUGAUCCCCCAGUGCACUGUGUUUGAAGGCCUGAUCGUAGUCUGUGUGUUUUUGGGACUUUGUGAUGGCUGCUUCAUUACCAUCAUGGCUCCCAUAGCCUUUGAGCUCGUGGAUCCCAUGCAGGCCUCCCAGGCUAUUGGCUACCUCCUGGGACUCAUGGCUCUGCCCAUGACCGCCGGACCCCCAAUCGCCGGGCUGCUUCAUGACAUCUUUGGGGAUUACCACAUGGCCUUCUAUCUGGCGGGGGUCCCUCCUAUCGUGGGGGGCUUGGUGCUGUUCUUAGUGCCCCUGAUACACCAGCGACAGCAGAGAAUCUUGGGGGGCCAGAGUGGAGGGGCAGAGGACCACAUGCUGCCCCCCGUGACGACCCCCAAGGACUGUUCUAAUGGAGACCUGUUGCCCGGAUACACUGACAUAGAAACACACAUAUGAGUAUCACUACACAAAGGGAUUCUAUUCACCAGCACCUGAAAUCACAAACCCCGCCACCCAUGCCACGCCCUGAACGUCAGACCAACUACCUGCGGAUGGACCUUUGACAUCUGACACAGUUUCUAUAGGAAAAGCCCCCUCCUGUCCAGACACCAGAGUUACUCAUUGUGAUCCCUGUGGUCCCCGGAGAGGGCAAGGAGUUUUUACCUUCCUAAUGAAAGGAGGAGGGCGUCACUGUCCGACUUCCUCCAAUGAGGAGAGAGAAGAAGUGCAUUAUAAUGGAAUCUGGGCGUUACCCAAAAGGUGUUGUCUCUCCCUGACGAGUGAUUGAGGGUUUAAAUGUGAAUGCUCAUGGUAAGGGCCGUCACCUGAAGUAUUCUUUUUAACCCUAUAGCGUCGGACAUCAGAAAUGCAUGAAUCUUUUUAUGUUUAACAUGUAUUUCCGAGUAUGUAAAUAAUUUAAUAUUCUUUCGUAGGUUUUUAAAUGAGAGAUUAUUAAGAAAGAGGAAAAGUUUAACAAUAAUUGAAAGGAGUACUUGGUACUUCUAUCUAGAUGAAAAGCAUUUUACACUUUAUUUUAAUGUUAUAUGUUCUUCUGUAGAUUAUUAUAUAUGUCAAAGACAUAAUAUAGAUCAUUUUAAUGAUUUCAGUUACGACACCUUGCAGUUGCAUUUGAACUAGUCUCAACAGAUAAUGUUCAUUGUAGAUUUAUGAAGGCGCUACGCUAGCAUCUGUUUCCAUUUUGCAUUAUACUAAAUGUAUCAACUGCGUAUCAAAAGCUCUAAAAUGUAAUCACCUCACCCAGAUAGAAUUUACUGAUGCAGUUUUUCAAUCCAACCUGUGCUAUGGCGGAAAUAAUGAUGAAUUGAGCCAGACCAUACAGAACAGAUCUGUUAGUCUUCUGAGUUUGUAGAGCCUUAAAUCAAUUUUGUAAUUAUAAAAUGUCUGUUAUUGAUUCACUCUAAUCUUUUUCAUACACAAUUUUGGAUAAGUAAAUAUUUUCUGAAAUGUUUUGCCAAAUAAUAAUUUAGUAUGCAUAUGUUUGUUUUAUCUUUCAGCAUUUGUUUUAUUUAAUUUUUUGUUUUAUUUUACUGUCUUUUUAAAAUGACAUUGGGAUCUUGUUUUUCCCAUGGGGAUUAAUCCUUACUUUUCUUUUCAGUCCAACUUCUGAUUGGUCCUGCAUUGCUGUCCAUGGGUCAAUACAUGACUACUACUAAGUGAAAAUUGUUCUUGUGUAAAAUUUGGAAUUAAGUGGAAGUUUAGAGUUGCAUCAUUUUUAGCUGUGGUCAGUCAAGAGUUGAGCCAGAGAUCCCAACUGCCUGUUUUCUGAAAUCUAGGGAUGCUAACAAUGCUUAUUCAGUAUCCACUGGUCAGCAAUAACCAGUAGUUGAGAAUAUUGCUUGACAGUUCAUUCAAAACAUGUAACCUUCAGUCUGCUGCUGUUUCUGGGACAAACAAUCUAAAUCUAUAUCAAGGGCAUUGAACUUAAUUUUGAAUGGAAAGGUGUUUUUGCCGUGUGCAUGUUUGUAUGUGUAUGUGUGUGUGUGUGUGUGUUUGGGCAUUGGUCCACAGACCAGACAAUUAUAGACAUUACUCAUUGUUUGAUCCUUCCUCAUUCUGAUCCUUAUUGGUCCACAUCAAACCGAUGGUAAUGUUUUGAUGAUUUUGCUGCUUAACUACCUUCAGAUGACACUUCCCUGUACUGAUUGUUGGGUUCAUAAAUUGUCACGGUAGUUAUAACCAGAUAUUGCCUCAUGGAGUUUUUCACUCAAGCAGUAAAAAUUUAAUAGAAUGCAUAAACGUUUCAUAAACGUUAACUGGACCACUUACCUCCUGAAUAUUACAUUUUCUGAGUGUGACAGGAGAUGUAAAUCAGUGUCGUAAAGGACCACAUUCCCUGUGCACUGAACAGGGCACUGAUUCUGGUCAUAGGUCAAAUGUAGGGCAUGAUAAAGUGAAUAUAGUGCCAUUUAGGAAUCAGCAUUGAAUACACUAAGACAGGGAGAGAAACAGAGUCCACAAAUACCACAAUACCUCAGUAAUCUUGUUAAAUGUGCUGGCAUUCUUUGAAUCAUUACAUUAUAUUUCCUAUGUUGUUUUCUUUUUUAACUGUUGUUAGCUACAAAAACACAGAGCUUUCCAAUUAGGAUACAUUUGCGGUGUUUUACUGCCGUAACCUGCUUUCAGUCUUUACCCGUUAUUAAUACUUGGUUGCUUUAGUAAUUGUUGCUUUUUUUUUUAAAGGUGAUCAGAAGCAUAACAUAUAACAAUUCAAUUGAAUGAUAAAACUGUUAAAGUGUGUUUCUCUCAGUUCGGUGCGUGUGUGAGUGAGCUCACAGAUUUUUGAGAUUUAUCAAAUUUGUGUGGUUAGGAGAAAUCUACGCCCAUUUAUUUUCCUUCGUUCUUGUCUAAAUGCCUUUCCCCUGAUUGUUGAGUUACAGCCAGAG